AUGUCCGACGCUCAACCAACCCUGGUGCAGCAAGCCCAAGAUGCGGCUAGCAAGCUCGCAACGACCGUCGCCGAGACGCUCAACAUCAGCGGCAGCCCCGGCGUCACGUCUGAUGCUUCCGGUUUGCCCAAACUCUACAUUGACGAGAAGGCCGGCUCGGACGAGACUGGUACCGGCGCCGAGCUCUCCCCUUUCCAGACUCCCGUCAAGGCAUACCAGUCUCUGACUCCAUCGACCUCGUCCGAUGCGGACCCAACCAAGGUCGCUACCUUCCUUGUCCGCAAGGCCGACUCGGUCGAGCGCAACGAAUGGGUCGAGCUCGGGACUUCUGGUCGCAAGAAGCUGAUCAAGGGGAUUGAGCUGUGGCGGAAGAAGGACGCCAAGGCGGCGCAGGAGGGCGAGCGGAUAGCCAAGGAGAAGAAGGACGCGGAGGAGAGGGACAGGAAGAGGCGAGAAGAGGCCAAGGGGGUCGUGUUGGUUGACGACGAGAGCAAGGGGGUUGCCAAGAAGACCAAACUCCACGCCGUUCCAGAACUGACCGGCACCCGCGUCCGGCUGCAAGGCUGGGUCCACCGACUCCGGUCCCAAAAAGCCAACGUCUUUGUCGUUCUCCGAGACGGGACCGGAUUCAUCCAGUGCAUCCUCUCCGGCGACUGCAUCAAGACGGUCGACGCGCUGGAUCUUACCGUUGAGAGCACGAUCGAGCUCUGCGGGUCGGUCGAAAAGGUCAAGGAGGGGCAGAACGCGCCGGGCGGUGUCGAGGUGAUUGUGGACUGGUGGAAGCUGGUCGGCAAGGCGCCGGGCGGGGACGAGGCGUUUGAGGGGAGACUCCGAGCUGACACUGAACAAUCCAUCCGGGCCGACCUGCGUCACCUCGAGCUCCGAGGCGAGACGGCCACCUCCGUCAUGCGCUUCCGCGCCCUCCUCCUCCGCGCGUUCCGCGAGUACUUUCACAAGACCCGCGUCACCGAGGUCACUCCCCCGUGCAUGGUCCAGACGUCCGUGGAGGGUGGUUCGACCCUCUUUGAAUUCGAGUACUAUGGGGCCAAGGCGUACCUCACCCAGUCGAGUCAGCUCUACCUCGAGACGGUGCUGCCGAGCUUGGGGGAUGUGUAUUGUAUUCAAGAGUCGUUCAGGGCGGAGAAGAGUUUGACCAGGAGGCACUUGUCUGAAUACACCCACCUCGAGACGGAGCUGGUGUUUAUCGAGUUCAAGGAUUUGCUUGAUCACCUCGAGGAUAUGAUCUGCACCGUGGUCGACGCCCUCCUCGCCGAUCCCGUCUCGGCCGAGAUCAUCAAAACUCUCAACCCCGACUUCACUCCCCCUUCUCGGCCCUUCAUGCGCAUGGACUAUUGCGACGCCAUUACCUACCUGAAGGAACACGGGAUCACCAAGGAGGACGGCACCGACCACAUCAUCGGCGACGACAUUGCCGAGGCGGCCGAGCGGAAGAUGACCGAUCAAAUCAACCGACCCAUCAUGCUCAUGAACUUCCCAAAGAUUCUUAAGGCGUUCUACAUGAAGACAAUCGACGGUCGGCCGGACUUUACGGAGAGUGUCGACGUGCUCGUCCCCGGUGUCGGCGAGGUGGUGGGCGGGAGCAUGAGGAUCAGCGAUCUGCAAGAGUUGAUGGAUGGGUACAAGCGGACGGGGAUCCCGCAUGAGCCGUACUAUUGGUUUACGGAUCAGAGGAAGUAUGGGACGACCGAGCAUGGAGGGUAUGGACUGGGUGUGGAGCGUCUCCUCGCUUGGUUCUUGAAGCGGUUUACGGUCAGGGAGUGCUCGUUGUACCCUAGGUACAUGGGCCGCGCGACACCAUGA